AUAGAUGGUACAGGUGAUCGUCUGAUGACCCUUAGGCUUGUAAACAUUAAAAAAAAGUUUGUAAACUUAAAAAUGUGUAUGUCAUUUCACACGGUCAAAAUUAACUCUUAAUAUUAUUUAUGUAUGGCGGGAUUACUUGUAAUAUAUGCUUUCCUUCAGACUACGAUUCCUCUCUGCACGGCUAAUGUACAAAAUGUUUUACCUCAAGGCUCUCGUGACAUGCUCUGGAGAACAUCUAAUCAAUAUUCAGUUAGAAGAAGCCACACUUGAAGAUAUUUCGUCUUAUCCAGACAAAUACACAGCAGAUACUCAUAUCAAUGGUAUUCCGAACGGAACAGAUUCUGCUACGGGGAUUAUUUUACAAAUACAAGGAUCUACUGGUUCAAAGAUUGAUGUGAAUAAUCUGUUUGUAUUGGAAUCAAAACCAAUUCCAACCUCACAGGAUGGAUAUACAAGAAGAACUUUUAUUAGACUAAAUGCACCACUAGACAGAGACGGUCGUUCAUUUGAACCGAACGAUGAUCUAAACAGCAUACAAUUUAUGCUGAAGUGUACACGCCUGGUUGACUCAGUAUCAAAGUAUUUUACCGUGAACGUGGAAAUCAUUGACGUGAAUGAUAACUAUCCUCAGAUAUUAGGGAAUCCUCGGCCCAUAUCAGUGAAUGAGUUGACGCCAGUGGGCGUUGUCAUUGGUGAAAUGGUACAAUUGGUUACAGUCAUGGACAAAGACACUGGUUUAAAUGGUGAAUUUGAAUUUACGAUAGUUCAAUCUGAUAUUUCGGGACAACCUAUUUCUUCUUUUAUUUCAAACGAUGCGGCAAAGAAAUUUACAAUCAUAUCGCCGCGACGCGGGUCUAUUGCAGUAAAGUCAACGCUGGAUUUUGAAAGAGUCAAAAAAUAUUUUCUUCCAGUUUCUGUGACAGACCUGGCACAAGUAAUUUCUGAAAGACGAACAAGUACAGUUACCAUGACUAUUGAUGUAAGAGAUGGUGAUGACCUUGGUCCUGUUUUUGAGUAUCAAGGCUGCUUUCGGGUUGAUAAUAAUUGCUUUAAUCCAACAUAUUCGACAGACAUAUCCCCCCAUUUAACUGCAUCACAACUAAUUCUAAGGGCAGCCGAAGACCAGGGGAUAAUAGAUUCCAUAAAAGCUAGAGAUCAGGAUACAUUAAAUGCUCGUAUACAAUUGAGCAUUGUAGAAACUUUGCCUCCUGGGUAUAAAGACAGGUUUGCACUGUAUAGUUUGACAAAUAACGGAACACUUUCAAGUGCUACAGUAUCGCAAAUCAAACCUAUUGGUCCGGAUGACGUUAAUAUUUUGAAAAUCAUAAUAAAGGCUACUGAGUUGACAGACAAUGGACGGUUCAAUCGAGCUGUAAUUGACGUACACAUAAGACAAUCCAAUAUUUCUUGCUCGGAAAAAGUGACUACAACGAAACCAUGUAGUAAUGCUGCCCUUAUAGUUGGAGCUGUUUUAGGAAGUCUUUUGGCAAUUGUUAUAACCAUUGUUAUAGCUCUCAUAAUAAAACAGAGAAAACAAGGUGACAGAGAUAUGGUUACACCAGAACAAAGUACUCCAUCACAACAGAACGAAGGAUUUUCUAAUGGUAAUACAAUUGAAAGCAGACAAACAUCCAGGAAAUACGACGAAAUCGGAAUGCAAUCACCAGACAAUGUAUAUGACGAGUUACACAAUGACCAGUAUUUGGAACCAAUUUGAAUUGUUCGAUGGAAAACACCAAGAUAAUUGACAUUAUUAACAUUCAACUUAUUGCAAAAAUUGCAAUUUGGCAGAUAAUUUUGAUUAAUAAAACUCGGAGAUGGCAAUAUGCGUCUUAGCCUA